CCAACAAAGCCGCUUAUUUCUGGACACCAUUAUCAGUCUUGUGUGGGUUCUGGUGGACUUUAGGAAGGAUUAAUUCCGCUUCCCCAAAGAAAAUCAGUGUAAGGUAGACGCAACCAUGCCUUUCGGUAACACUCACAAUCAGCUGAAGAUGAACUUCACCGCCGAGCAGGAGUAUCCCGACCUCAGCCAGCACAACAACCACAUGGCGAAGGUGCUGACGCUCGAGAUGUACGCGAGCCUUCGGGACAAACAGACCUCCAGCGGAUUUACCGUGGAUGACGUCAUUCAAACCGGGGUGGACAACCCAGGUCAUCCUUUCAUCAUGACGGUGGGCUGCGUAGUUUUCCUCUUCAUAAUGCUUUAUAGGCACAACGACAACAAGACAUUCCUGGUCUGGGUGAAUGAGGAAGACCACCUUCGCGUUAUUUCCAUGCAGAAAGGUGGCAACAUGAAGGAAGUCUUCAAUCGCUUCUGCACAGGCCUCACAAAGAUUGAGGAGUUGUUUAAAGAGAAGGGCCAUGAGUUCAUGUGGAACGAGCACUUGGGCUACGUCCUAACCUGCCCCUCCAACCUGGGCACAGGGUUGCGUGGUGGCGUUCAUGUCAAACUUCCUAACCUCAGCAAGCAUGAGAAGUUUGGUGAGAUCCUCAAGCGACUGAGGCUCCAAAAGCGUGGAACAGGUGGAGUUGACACUGCUGCAGUAGGCGGUGUCUUUGACAUCUCCAAUGCAGACCGUCUGGGCUUCUCUGAGGUUGAGCUGGUUCAGAUGGUAGUGGAUGGAGUUAAGCUGCUUAUAGAGAUGGAGAAACACCUGGAGGCAGGCCAGUCAAUUAAUGACCUUAUGCCUGAGCAGAAGUGAACACUUCGUGACUCCUAACUUAACUCCUUCCCUGCCUCCACCAGUCCUCCUUUCCUCCAGUACCAAUAAUCUUAACUACGUCAAGGAACAUACACUCCACCCAAAUGGUAGUGGCACUAAAGUUAGACGAGUCUUCCAUCAGUGUGAAGGAUUUUGUAUCUCAAACUUCCUGCAAUGUUGAAGAUGGAGCUUAACAGCAGAAAUAAAGUCUCUUUGGCCCAUGGA